CUGCUGCUGUCAUUCAUGUCAUAUAGGUUUUAGACAUUUUAGUUUCAUUAAUGUAAAUGAAAAAGCAGAGAAAAAGAUUUUCUAUCUGAAAUUCGUGUUAUUAAAACAUUAAAAUAAGUUCUAAAAGGUAUUUGGCUGAGAAAUGUACCAAGAUAAUAAGAAUUCAAUGACAUAAUUUUGUUUAACAAUCAGAUCAGUCAAGUCCAUCUGUGUAUUGGGAUUAAACAAAUAUUAGGCUUAUCCUACAUAUUGUAGUGUAAUUUUGGGUUUUAUAAACCCAGACUUUUUAUAUUGGACAGUAAAUAUGACAGAAACCAUAAAAUCAAACAAUAAUCACCUUAUGGGACUUCCCAACACAGUGGAUUAUGACAAUAAGGUGGAUGACUUGGGAUGGAAAGCAAAACUUAAAAUUCCCCCAAAGGAUCGGAGAAUUCAAACAAGUGAUGUAACUGAUACACGUGGCAAUGAAUUUGAAGAAUUUUGUUUAAAAAGAGAACUACUUAUGGGAAUUUUCGAAAAAGGCUGGGAGAAACCAUCCCCUAUACAGGAAGCCUCUAUCCCUAUAGCACUGUCUGGAAAAGAUGUACUUGCUAGAGCAAAAAAUGGAACAGGUAAGACUGGUGCUUACAGUAUUCCUGUGUUAGAGCAAAUCGACCCUAAAAAAGACUGUAUUCAAGCACUAAUUAUAGUACCAACGAGAGAAUUAGCAUUACAAACUUCACAAAUAUGCAUAGAACUAGCCAAAUACCUAGAGGUACGUGUUAUGGUGACAACAGGUGGAACAAACUUACGAGAUGACAUUAUGCGUAUAUACCAAAAAGUGCAAGUUAUCAUAGCAACUCCAGGGCGUAUACUUGACUUAAUGGAAAAAGGAGUAGCAGUUAUGGACCAAUGUAAAAUUCUUGUAUUAGAUGAAGCUGACAAAUUACUGUCUCAAGAUUUUAAGGGAAUGCUUGACACUGUGAUUAAAAAUUUACCACAAGAGAGGCAAAUUUUACUAUUUUCUGCAACUUUCCCUUUGACAGUUGAACAAUUUAUGAGAAAGCAUUUACGAGAUCCGUACGAGAUAAAUCUCAUGGAAGAACUUACAUUAAAAGGUGUUACACAGUAUUAUGCAUUUGUCCAGGAAAGACAGAAAGUGCACUGUUUAAAUACUCUAUUUUCCAAGUUACAAAUUAAUCAAAGUAUUAUUUUUUGCAAUUCUACACAACGAGUAGAAUUGCUGGCGAAGAAAAUAACAGAACUGGGUUACUCAUGUUAUUAUAUCCAUGCAAAAAUGGCACAAGCACACAGAAACAGGGUGUUUCAUGAUUUUAGGUCUGGUUUAUGCCGGAAUCUCGUUUGUUCUGAUCUGUUUACAAGAGGUAUCGAUGUACAAGCUGUUAACGUCGUAAUAAAUUUUGAUUUCCCGAAAAUGGCUGAAACGUAUCUACAUCGUAUAGGUAGAUCUGGUAGAUUUGGUCACCUGGGUAUUGCAAUAAAUUUGAUCACCUAUGACGAUAGGUUCUCCCUUCACCGUAUUGAACAAGAACUUGGUACUGAAAUCAAACCCAUUCCUAAAGUUAUCGAUCCUAAACUAUACGUACCAAAAGUGGAUGAUGAAGAAAUCGAAACAGGAAAAUAAUAAGUGUGGCAAAUAUUAAUAGUGUGACUCGAUGACUCAAAAUCGUGUAAAUAUUUAGAGGACACAAAAGCAAAACUGAAAAAGUAACUUUAAUUUCUUUUUCAAAGAAGAUAUUUUUUGUUCGAAUGUUUAUACAGAAUGAUAAAUGAUAAUAUGAUAAUUUAAUUCAUUUGUGAUAUUUAUUACAAAACGAUUGUUAAAUUAAUGCUACAUAUAAACAAAUUUAUUGAUUCUAAAUUGAUAUAAAAUCUUUACUUAAUAGAUAUAUUGUAAUAUAUCAAUUAUUGUGAUAAUAAAUUUACAAUAAAAAUGAUUCAAUAUAGAAAUUUAAAAAAAGCAGUCUACAAGGAACUUCAAAAUGUUGAAAAAAAUUAAGGUUAUCCAAAAUGACUGAAUACCACUAUUUAAAAAGGUUUAAAUUAUCAGAAAAUGUAAGUAUUCGUACAUUUUAAAGAUUAAAGUAAGAAUUAUUUGAUUUAAUAAUAAGUCAAUAAACACAAAACUUUAAUAAUUCCAGCUAUUUGCUUAUGUGUAGCAGCUAAAACGUCGAUCUGUAGUAAUAUUUAAAGGUUGUUUAUAUCAUUAUGGGGUUAAUUUUUUUCAGGAAGUUGAAAAAUAGACUGUGACAUGAAUAAUUGCUUCAUAGUCGAAAUUCGAGGUUCUACCUGUUGGUAUUAAAACUAUUUUUUAAUCAAAUUAAAAUAAAAAUAUUAAAUCAUACUUACACAUCCAUACAUAACUUAAUAUAAUUAUUUAUUAAUUUAUCAUAUUUAAUAUAUUUAAUAACAUAUCCCCGGAAAUUUAUUAAAAGUGAAAUCAAGAUAAAAAGAUAAUUUUUUAAAUUAGACAAUUAUUUGAUUCUUUAUUGUCUUAUUGAUUAUUUUAUCUAAAAUAUUUAUUGUGUCUGUGAUCAAACUUAAAUAUUUAUAAAUGUUUGAAAUGUAAGUAAUACUAGUAUACUUACAUUUUUGUUGACUACUACGUGAGACAGGUUAGUUUUACCCUACUGAUGAUUCGUUGUUGCGAUAGUAAUCAUGCUCAGUACGUGAGGAACCGCAGGUUCGGACAUUUGGUUAACGUACUUACUUGAGCGGAUAAUGGUGUGAAGCUACCAUCCUUGCGAUCAUCCUUGAACGCUUCUAAGGCUCUAUCGUUUCUAGUCAAAGGUGACAGCAGUAUCUCUUAGAGUUCUGAGAGUCGAAAGGCUCAAAAAAUCUGACUUUACUAGGCAAUUGUCGCAUGUGCCCUUAUUUCCGCUGAGAUGAUUGGUUUACGGUGGCAUCGAUCCUUGCCAGUAGACCAGAUCUUUAGACGGACAAACAUGGAUAUUAUAAUCUUUUCAUGUUGGAACUAGGAAUUGUCUAUAGACGACGUGCAUGGCAAGGUAUUGUACCUCGUAGAACAAUUUCCAAGCCGCGAUUUAUUGAUACUCAGCCUCCAGUUUGGGGGGUUAGACAAGACCCAUGGUUUAUAAUAAAAAAUAAAACCUUUUCUGAGUACAACUAAGAACUGCUAACUUGUAAUAAUGAUUGGAAUACAAGAAAUAGUUCUUUGCGUGCAUUCUAUUUAUUGACCAGUUAAUGUUUAAUUUUUGGUCUAGUGCUGUGUAGGUAUGUAUUAAUGUUGCAAAUUAAAAAAUAGAUUUUAUGUGAUAUUUUGUUCAAAUACAAAUCCGUACUUUUCAUUUGCUUCUAUAAACUUGACAGAAAAGUAACUUUAAAUAAAUUUUAUGUUAAAUAAAAUUUGAUAUAUAUGAUAAUAAUGUAUUAUGAGCAAUUAUUCUAUCGUCAUUUUGAAACAACAAAGUUACCCAUGUAGUUUCAAACUUUCUAUUUUAAUUUCUUGAAAAAUGCUAACUUAAAAUUGUUUAUGAUAUUGCUGAAGAAAUUUAGUCCAACAAAAUCUCCGUUUUUUCAGUACUAUCGUGUUACGAUUAUCAUAGUGAUCAGUGGUGGAUUUUCACUUUUUUUUAUGAACGAAAGACUAUAAAAAAGUGUGGGGGAGAGAAGAGACUCCAAAAAAGUGAUUAAAAGUGACAAUUGUUUAUGGGGGAUUAUGUGAUAGUGUACGCUCAUACGUAAUGAAUUUCAGGAGAUUUUUAUGUGUAGUAACUGUCAGAUCUUUCGGUUAUUACUUAACUAGUGAUUAUUAAAAGAUCAACCGUUAAAUAUGUCUAAAAUUCAAACGAUUUCAUUCUUUUUAAUAUUUUUAAUAUCCGAGACAUAUUUAACACCUUUUUGUGAUAUUUAUGAGGACGUUAUAAAUUCAACUUUCAAAAUUAAAACCUUUCAAUUGUUCUUGUUAUUUUCUAGACAAUCUCAACUUAUUCUUUUUUAUUACUGGGGGGAAGUUAAUGUAUGUAAAGUUGUUACACUUAUGCGAAAAUUCCUUUCAUUUAUCAUUAUUAUUUAUUUCACACAAACUGGGUAACGAUUUUUGCAUUGGUAUAACAACAUAAUUUUGUUACAAAAAAAUACAAAAAGCAGGGAUUUUUUAUAAUUGGUUAACUUAAUUAUACAUAUCUUGUAAAGUUUGAUAAUGAAUACACACUACAGUACAACUUUCCCAAAGUAGCUUUACUAGGUAGACAUUUUCAACAAAUAGUCUGUCAAUACACUAUUGUCUAAAAUUUCUAUUGUGGUGAUUAUUAGUACAAUAUUAUCUAAGAAGAACUUUUUAAAACUUAACAAAUAUACAGGGUGUCCCCGAAAAUAGUGCGUUCCGUUAAGGUAUAGAUAUAAUACACAAUGUAGAACAAAAAAGUCCUAUAACGUUUUUUUCUAAAGUUUACCGUUUCCAAAAAAAAAUUACAUUGUUCGCCAUAUAAGCGAACUUUUAUUUUCAUAAAAUUAACUAAUUUGGCAUCACUCUACAAGAACUGUUUGUGAUUUAGUUUAUUGACACCACAAAUGUAGGUCAGACAGGUACACCUGCAACAUAAAUGUACCACCCCAUGUUUGAAAAUCCAACAAAACAAGAAUUUGUUUGUUUGUUUAGGAUGAAGACAGUAUUAAUGUAAAUACUUUGGCUAAAAUGCUGCAACUAUUUUUGAAUUGUGAUUGUCUAUGUUUACAUUUUUAUAUACAUAGUUGCCAGAUUUCAAUUUGCAUACCAAAAUGUAUUUUGGUUUUUUAGCCAAACGGUUACGUUUAGAAAAAAAUGUUUUUGUUGUAGACUUUUUUGCUCUACAUGGUGCUUUCUACCUAUACCUUUAAGGAACGCACUAUUUUCGGGGACACUCUGUAUACAAGUGAGGACUGAAUUAUGCCCCUGACGAGUUUUAGUAAUAGUUUUACACUAUGUUUACCAAAAGGAGGAAUUACUUUUAAAAUAUAUUAAGAGCGUUGACUUAACACUUUCUUUGAAUUGCUGUAUAAAUGGGCACAUGAGACAGACAUCUGAUAUUGGCCCGGAGCUGAAAGUGUUAACCCUUUAAAAAAACCAUGAAAUCUUUUAUAAAAGGUAUAUUUGUUAAAAUCCCUAUACAGGGCUACAUCAUAAAACAAACAGAACUAGUUUUCAAUUGGUUGAAAUCGGUUCAAAGUAAAAAUGUUAUGGUAAAAACCCUUUAAACUUAAUCCGUCAUGGGAACAUAUAAAAAUGAUGUGAUUUCUUCUUGUUCUUGUAGUUUCAUGGCCUCCACCUCUUAGGUACUUGGCCAUGAUGUGAUUUUACACAUGGAUGUAUAAAAUAUCCAAUGUUUCACUCUCGAGGUACCAUUGAGCUAAAUUUGACUUGAUCACAUCAUGGCUGUGUAGAAGCAAGAACGGAUUAAGUUUAAAGGGUUUUUACCCUAAUAUUUUUACUUUGGUGGUUAGCAUGUUCGAUUCAAAAAACACUGAUGAUCGGUCAACCGAUUGAAAACUAGUUCUGUUUGUUUUAUGAUUUAGCCCUGUAUAGGGAUUUUAACAAAUAUACCUUUUAUAAAGGAUUUCAUGGUUUUUUGUAAUAAAUGGUAUACAGGAAAUUUUUUCCUCGUGGAUUUGUUAACCCUUUAACGUAGAGACGCAUAUAUUCACUUGCAUCAAAAUGUACUUCAGAGCGAGAAACACAUUCAUUUCUAUAAAUAAUUAAUAAAACGUUUAUCUUGUGUGCUUGUUUAUUAAAUUCUACACUAACGAACUUGUUUACCACAAAAGUCGGGAAAUGCAUAGAUGCGCGGAAGUGUUAAACUGAAGCGCACGGAAGAGCAAGGCCCAAAAACACCAUAUAUGGGGCACGGCACGUUUAAAAACUGCCGUCGCGAAAGGGUACUAUAGGGAGCUAUUUUCUAAAAAUUUCAUUAUUAGAUCAUAAUCAUUAUUCAAUUACGACUGUAUCAGUCAUAGCUUAUCAUAAGUUUAACCACAUUUGUUCUCAUUGUUUUAAGAGAGCAUUCUUGUUCUGUUUUGUCAUCUUGCCUUAUACCUAAAAUAUUGUUUUACUGCACAGUUAUCCUGCUCUCAAACUAAAAGGAAGUAUAACAUAGUUAAUAACAAAAAAGCCUUCAUUAAAACAAAAUUAAAAUCAUAGAUUGUUAAUUAUUGGAACAUACGAAAGUUGCUUCUAGAACUAAGUUAGCGCCCCUUUUUUUGCAAAAAAACAGACGAGCAAUGAAUCCGAAGAAGGUAGCUCCUGCUUUCGUCACUAGCUGUCAGCCCAGAAGAACGAAAUAAAACAACUAAAGCUGCAGAAUCUUCCACUGUCAUGCUGACUGAUUCAGGUUUCAAGUUUGUUUUUCCAGAAUUUUAAUAAAUUAUUAUCGAAUACAUAUUGCUGGGACACAGAGAUAGAGAGAACUGAUUAAGAUCACCAGAUCUGAGAAACCAAGGGGAAGACCCAGAGAGAGAUAUCAACAUCCUGAAAGUGAGAAACUGGAGGGAACUAUGCACAUAUUAAAAUGAGUGAAAGAAAGCCAAGUUAUACAACAAACUUUGACAACAUACAAGAGGAAUGCGGAGUGAUUCUCUGCAAUAAGCGAAUGGGAGAGUUGUAAGUAAGAGUGGCAAACAUUCCAUCCAGAAAGAAACGCCUUCAUGAUGAUGAAUAUCGAAUACACCAUCUACAAUUCCGGCCGAAUCUUCCUUUAUCUAGCAUCUAUCUCGUGGGCUGUUUGGUAUGAGAUUUAAGUUUACCAAUACAAUUUGUUUAUAAUACUAAACAACUCAAAUAUUUACAAAAAUUUUUGUAAAUAUUUGAAUUGUAUUAUAACUACCGUCACCAUAUAUACAAUUUUGGGAGUGGUGAAUAGAAAAUAAAAUAAUUUUUAACUGGUUAAAUUCAAAUAGACGAAAAUGAACAAACAAUAUUAACGGUAAGCAUCUACAAUUAUUAUUGACCUGAAGAAAUUUUGAAGACAUAUUUAUGACAAAAUAAUAAUUUUAACACCUGUAAAAUCAUUAAAUAAUAUUCACCAAAUUGUACUUAAGAGAUUCGCCUUUCAAAUAUAUCUACUUAAUUUUUGCUACUGUGAUCAUGGAUUAAUUGGUAAAGCUGUUUUGGGAAACUGUUAUCAUUGUGUUCUUGGCUUAGGUUCUAUUUUCUGCUCUAAAUUAUUUUAAAUUUGUAAAAAAUAAAUCAAGCAUUCCCUGCAA